GAUACGUCGAAACCUACAAUGUUUUCAUCAACCUUCAUUUGGCUUGUCUGCCUGGGAGGCGCAUUUGCAGUCGAUAUCUCCAUGAACAUUCAACUCGGAUCUGAGUCAGUCAGUGAGUCCUGUGACGAGCAAGCGACAAUUACGGCAUCAAGUGAGGAAGAGCUGAGAGACAAACUGACGAAAAAACUUGAAUCAGUUUUGUUGAAAAAUCCAGAUGCCGAAAUCACCAUCUCAACUCAGAUCAAUGUUAACGGCCAAAUUCACUCAACCAAAAUCACCAAUACCGACAUAACUUCAACAACUGAUGAUGCUGUCGACACUAGCAAAGAAAAUGUAGCAACUACAGUUGCUUUGCCAACCACGGGGGACGUCAUUGACUACACAAUGGAUGACGUAAUGACAGAAUUUGACACCAGAUCCGUGACCUCUAUAGCGCCUUCUACAUUUGAGUCUACGACACUAUUGAAGGAUCAGAGCACAGAGACCGAGAUGAUAACUGAAGAGCAAGAGGGAGCCGAUUUUGUGACUGCAGAUUCAACCACGGCAGAGACAACAAUCAAAGUUGCCACAAAUAAACCAAGAUUCCGUGAAUUCACUUGCAAUUCGAAAUAUUAUUACAUCAUUGUGCGAGGUAAAUUGGAUGUCUCGAUCGACAAUGCGAAAUCUUAUUGUGGAAGCAAUCAUCUGGCCGAUAUUUAUGACAUUGCUGACUACAAUCUGUUGACAGAUUGUUUACGUUCAAAGAUUUCCAUUGGGUGGAAAUGGGCCGUUUCUGUUUGGACUGGUCUCACCUAUAAAAAUAAUCUUUUUCUGUCAUCCUCUGGCAAACCUGUAGAUCUAUCGACAAAGAUGUGGUAUCCGAAGUAUCCAAGUUCCAACGCUCGGUACACAAAUGUUGCUCUUCAUGUCAAUAAAGAUCCAGAAUCGCAUAAGCAGGGGAUUUUCAAUGAUCUAUCCUCUACCAAAUUAAAAGGUGUCAUCUGUGAAAAAUGAACUGAACUUUGGAUUUAUCAAUCUCAAACUUGGGCUCGUAUAUUAUGUAAAUUGUAAAUAAUUGUCUGACUUUUUGGCUACUCUUUGACGGAAGGCCAAAAUUAGAAACAAGCACGACUUUCAACAGUGAAUUUACAACUGAUAGUGACUGGUGGAGUUACUUGCUCAUCUAGUAUACACGAUCUUGUGUUAAUGUCUACUUAUAUAAAUAUAUAAACGAAAAGCAAACGUAAUAAACUGUGAUAAUGACGUAACAAAUGGGAUAUAGAACGCAAAAAAGUAAAAACAUACAGUGUUAAACUAUUCGGCGAGCCAUAUUAAAUCGUUACGCUCGCCGUAAUUGGCCACUGCUCUAUGGUUAAUAUUUACUAAAAUUGUAACAAAUCGUACUAUUGGUCGACUGCGGACAAUAAUUAAAGUGAGUAUUCAAAGAAAACUUACGCUGUCCACUUGUCUUUUGAUCAUCUGUUACAUAUUCUGUUAACUAUGGGCGCAGCGAUGUGUCUCAUCGUGCUAAGCGUUAGGAAUACGCUCACCACCGCACCUCUGAUUACUCUGCGUGGGUUCGCAGGUUCGAAUCCCAUGCUGGGAUGGUUAUGUGCGAGUGGAUUGCCAUAUGGUUAAGCCGUCUUAUUGGGUUUCCUCUCUCUCCCGUGAUAAAUAUGUAGAUUCUAUCUAUCCUAUACUUAAGCCAACUAACUAAUCGUAAUACUGGUCGAACGUGGACUAUAAUAUAUAAAAAAAAAGUUGAGAAGCACACGCUAAUUCGAAAUUCCACUGUCCGCUUGUCCGUGGAUCGACAAUUACAUACUCUGCACUGCACUAAACAUGAUUUAACUUACCGUACUGUUUUUGUUGCUCGGCUGCGAAAUAUAAUUAAAGCAGUGGUUCUCAAAACUUUUUGGGCCGCGCCCCUUUUUCGGGAUUUGUCAAGCCUCACCUCAGAAAUAUAGCUAACAAUAAGUUACAAAUAACGGAUAGUAAGGCGGAAGUAUGUUUUAAUUUAAAAAGCGUGUGAAAAUACGUGGAUGGAACGUAAAUAUCUAAAAUAAAAAAAUGUAAAUAUACAAAAUAAGCGGGCAAGAUCAAAUCUAACAAAUAUUUCUAAUUAGCUUCACGCCCCUCUGAAAAUUGCCACAUUUUAUUCAACUUAUGAAGUAUACUUUUUUUUUUGGUAUGCACUAGUUAUGUAUUCUAUUAUAUGCUUUCUCGUAUUUUACAGUUUUUAUGACUCGACCCUUUGCUUUGUCAAUGUAUAUUAAAGGUUCGAGUCACGGUAUGAUCUGAAAGCUUUCAUUUUAUUAAAAACUACAUGUGUUUAACAAUCCAUUGCUCGAUUUUCUUUAAUUUAUGAACGUCACCUCUCCUUUUGCAAAAGUAUGCUUGUCACUUAUAUCUUGAUAUAGGCCUAUAUUGUUGUUCUUAUUUCACAGUUUUUGUGGCUCAACUCUUCGCCUUGGCUUUUGCUUCGUUAAUGUUUUAACGUUUUCCAAUAUUGAA